AUGAGCCAACUGUUCAAAAACGAGACGCAGGGAACCGACGUGGCAGACAUGUUCCCCGACAGGGUGAAACACAAGACAUUCCUCCUCGGCGGCCUGCUCCGCGGCGAAUUGGCAGCAUGCACCGCAGACGCCCUCUCCCACGGCGGCGCAGGCUGUAUCAUCUUCAUAGGCCACUCGCAACCCGACUGCCAGCCCGUCAUUGACCACCUCAACCGCAAGCACCCGAAAACGAAAAUCAUUUUCAUCACCGCCGACAUGGGCAACCUAGCCUCCGUGCGCGACGCAGCGCUGGCAAUCAAGAAACUCAACGUGCCGAUUGAUGGCAUCACUGGGUUUCCCACGGUCAUGGCGGUGCAGUACGAAACAACGGGGGAUGAGAUUGAGUCGCAUUUUCAGAAGAAUUACUUGGUUUAUUUCCUGUUGGUGAAUCUGUUGCUGGAUGCUAUGUCGCCUGGUUCGAGGGUUGUGCUUGUUACUACCAGUGUGCGGAGGGAGGCGCCGGCAUCGGAGUGGGAGGAUGUGGGAUUCUCGGGAGGCAAGAAUGGAGAGACAUACCAUCCUCUCGACGGGUACGCGCAGUCCAUGUUCGCCAACAUCUUGUUCGUCAAGUCUCUCGCCCGCCAAUGCGCCACACGAUCCAUUGGGGCUUUUUCUGCGAAUCCGGGAAAUACGAAGACCAACAUCCAGACCUAUGUCUCGCCGGAAGAGGUCUCGUCCUGGCUGCAGAGGAAGAAAGUUGCUAGCGAAGACCUGCCCAUUCUUCUUCAGCAGGCGCCCAAGUCCCAGGCUCAGGGCAGCGCGACGAUACUACGUGGAUUGCUGGAUCCGAUUCUGGGAGAUCAGUCUGGAGCGUUCCUGGAUAAUAACCAGGUCCUCACGCUGCCGCAGAUCGACUUCCCGGCGGGUGAAGCCAGUGCUACCGCGUUGUGGAGACGGAGCGAGGAGCUGGUCGGAGAACUACUUCGUACGGCAUAG